CCCUCUCCUCCUCCGCCCUCAGACUCACACACACACACACACACACUCACACACACACAUACAGAGCCAAGCAGCAUGGCCCCCAAGAAAGUGGAACCAAAGAAACCAGAGCCCAAGAAGCCGGAGCCGAAGAAAGAGGCAGCCCCCGCCCCCAAACCCCCAGAGCCCGAGCCGGAGCCCCCAAAAGAGCCGGAGUUCGACCCCAAGAGCAUCACGGUGGAGUUCACCGCCGACCAGAUUGAGGAGUUUAAGGAGGCGUUCACCCUGUUCGACCGCACGCCCACAGGCGAGAUGAAGAUCACCUACGGGCAGUGUGGGGACGUGAUGCGGGCGCUGGGGCAGAACCCCACCAACGCCGACGUGCUGAAGGUCCUGGGGAAGCCGCGUCCCGAGGACAUGAACGUUAAGAUGCUGGACUUCGAGACCUUCCUGCCCAUGUUCCAGCACAUCUCCCGCUCCAAGGACCAGGGCAACUUCGAGGACUUCGUGGAGGGGCUGCGCGUCUUCGAUAAGGAGGGCAACGGCACCAUCAUGGGGGCGGAGCUUCGGCACGUCCUGGCCACGCUGGGUGAGAGGAUGACGGAGGACGAGGUGGACCGCCUGAUGGCCGGCCAGGAGGACGCCAACGGCUGCAUCAACUACGUCUCCUUCGUAAAGCACAUCCUGUCUGGGUGAGCCGGAUCGGGCCUGUGGCGUCUCCCAAGCGUCUGCUGAGCCUCUCUCCCCUUCCUCUGUUUCUCUUUCCCUGCAGCCCCCUCUUUCACCCGCGCCUCUCCGAACCGCCAGAGACCUUAAACGCCAGCCUUAAGCACCAGCCUCGCCAGGCUGUGCUGACAUGUUUAUCCAGAGCCGGCUGACCUACUGCAUCCCUUAUUCCUGCAUCGUUUGCCAUCAGAGAGAAUUGAAAUGGACAGCAUCCAAUGGACUGUAAUU